CACAAGCAUUCAUCUUUGUUCAAACAACAAUGCCGAAACUUGACAAACUUGGUUUUGAUGAGAUGAUCAUCAUUAGCAAGAAAAUGUUUUAUGGUGGCUUUGCCUUUCUUCCUUUCCUAUGGUUGGUCAACUUUCUCUAUUUCUUUCAACAAACUCGGAAACCUUCUGCACCAAAACAACUCAAACAUUAUGUUUACUUAUCCUUGGGUGGAUGUUUACUUUGGUUCAUUGUUUUGACAACCUGGUAUGGAAUAUUUGUGAAUGAACGAACGUAUUGGGGUGCUUUAGGUGACAAGUUGACGGUGGUGAUACCUAAAGGUAGUUAGUUAUAUUGACAAUCAUUUUGAUCCUAUAUACCCAUAUCUUUUUUCACUGUAUUUUAUACCCUCUUAUCAUCCAACGGAAUAUUAUUCCAAUCUUUUGUACAUAAAAUUGAUAUGCAAAAAUAAAUAAAGAACAAGUCAUUAGAUAUGUAUAUA